AAACAAAAACUGACAUUGUCUGUCGUAGUUUGACGUCUAAGAUUUAGGUUAUGUUGUGUGAAUAGUGAUAAAUACUGUUCUUAAAAACCUUUUUAGUAACUCAGUCUGUGUUUUUAAACCACAGAGACAAAUUAGAAAUUAACUUAAUUCAGUGAGCAAUGUAUUCGAACAUUGUUGUUCAGAGACAAUGGACAAGGCUAGCUUGCCUUUGUCGUUCAUUGGCCACUCUGGAAGGACAGAAGCUUCCUCAGAGCGGUAAAUCUAGUGAUGGUAUCUCUCCUCCUCCGCGCAAACCGAGAGGGCCGACCGACAUCCUACAGGCUCUCGCAGCUACCGUCGGGACUGAUCCAACAGCCGCACAUUACAAAUAUCACGAUGAUCCCUACUUAAUACCGCUGUCAAACUUCCGCAAACGAGCGUAUGCAUUGUCAGCCGAGGCUGGUCGUAAGGCGGCUGCGUGGAUCCGUGACGAACAUGCAGAUCUAUUCACCACUAGGGAGUGGGACCCACCAACCAAAAUGAAAACACCAUACUUCAACGCUGACCCUAAGAUUGAGGCAUUCUCACCAAAACCCAUUUACAAUGAUGCUAGCAAAGUAACAGAGGAAGACUUAAAGUACACUAUACAGAAUGCCCUGAUAGAUGACUCAAUAACAAUAUUCAAACUGCUUGGAGGCACCACAUCAGUUAGUGAGGAAAUGAAACUGGAAUUCCUUCAACUGUUGUGCUUCUACAAUGAAAGGGAACCGGACUCGAUGGAGUGGCUUGAAGAGAGAUGGUUUGCUGCUAAUAUUAGGGAUAAACAGGCUGCUACUUGGAGGGUUGGUGGACUAGCCGAUCAGAUUUUCGAAUCAAUGGACCCAAAGAAGCCUGAAGCUUAUUGCGCCAUGAUUCAAGGCAUGGCAAAAUACUUUCAGGCAGAAAGAGCUCACGCGUUAACACAAGAGGCUAUAGAAAAGGGUAUUCCACUAUCAACUGCUGUAUUUAAUGCUCUGUUGGGUUGUGUGGGAUUCCUGAGAGAAGGUACCACCUUGCGCAUUGAAGCUCUUCGCUCGAUAUUGGUACAAAUGAAUGAACAGGGUAUAGCACCAAAUGACGAGACUCUAUCGUCAUGCUUACGCUCGUUAUCCGCGUGGGGUGGCGGCAAAAUCCUACAACAGAUGGCGCUGCAAAUAGUCGCCGAGUUUAGGCAAGUGGGUAUACAGCCCGGACUCGCUGCAUAUUACUACCUCCUUUGCGUUUUUUGUAAAGAAAGAGGGCCCCGUUUUGAUAUUCUGUCGACGAUAAUAAAUGAGCUAGAACAAAGGGAAAAUUUGGAAGCCAAAGAACCAGCUGAUACUAAUUUCUUUAUAACUGCAAUGGGUGUGUGCAGUGAUCAUCUACAGAACAUUACAAUGGCUGAAAGAUUACACGCGCUGCUUAUGAAAGGAGACAACUACAAAUUAGUUGGAGACGCGUACAAAGAGAGUAUUUACUAUAGGCACUAUAUUACAGUUGCUUGCAGGCAUGCACCUUUCGAAAAAACCCUUGAACUCCUAGACACAUUGGUACCUAACGUUUAUGUGCCGGAACCAUCAGUAAUGGAAGAGAUAAUAAAAACCCUGGAAGUAGGCGGUGCCGGCGACCGUCUCGCUCAGGCGUGGUCACAGCUCGUCGUAUUCGGUCAUGGAAAACGAGCUAAAUUGGUCGAAAAACUAUUGGAAGCUAUGUGUAACACUUACCAUGGACAAGAUGAAGAAGUAAAAAGUAAAAUGCGCGCGGCUGCGGCCGACAUGCUGAGCUUCGGCCAGGUGCCGCCUGAGGAACAGGAGGCUAAGAACAUCAGAUCGCCUGUACAAAAAUUAUCAGCUACAGCAAUAUGCAACAUAAUAGAAAUGUGUUCGGACACCAAAGACAAGGCGGAUCCACACUGGAAGAACAUAGAAGAAGCGUUAGAUCGCUUGCGUCGUGAGGAGGCGGCCGGCGUUCCCGAACGACCGCAGGCAAUCGCUGAUGUUGCGAAGAAAGCGGCCAGUGUUGGCUUACCUGGUGUUGCUGCGGCAGCCGUAACAUACUUAGCUGAAUGCGGUUUCGAGGAAGCCAUGACUGCCAGUGUGCAAGUGUUAGGCACGAUGCUCAACCGGCCCGAACAAGAAGUGCAGACCUUGCUCACUCAGGAACACUCCACUUUGGUUGGCAACUUGCAUCCCGCGGCUUUGGCCGUCGCAGAAGCUUAUAAUUUAGCAAAAACCGGUGCUCCAGUGAUUCAAGAUUCAGAAAGAACAUCUUCGAGUUCAGAUAGUGACAGCGACUCUUCGUCCGAUGAUGAGUAGUGUUAUGUUAUUUGUAUAUACCAGUAUGAUUAGAUUAUUAAAUGCAUUUAGUUAAUAUUUACAA